GCCGGUAUCGCGUAUCGCUCGUUGGUGACGUUGUGAGGGGUUCGUCGGGGUCGGGUUCGUGGUCGGGUUCGUCCAUGCAGCGGUGCAGCUCGUCCAGACACAGCCGUAUUGGCCGUAUUCGCUUAGAAAUGGCCUUUCUUUUUCGUUUUCGAAGCACGUGUGCGCGCAAAUAAAAGGAUCCCGUUAGGAAAAAACGGCCGUGUCAUGUUGUACCGGGUACUGCAUGUUUACGUGCAAUUUGCACUGCAAUUCUUCAAGUUGCAUUUAGUUGCCGCUCGUCAGCUUUUCAGAGAGCUCUACUUGCGGUCUAAAGCGUGGUCGACGAAGGAUUCUUGCCAGGAGGACUAUCAGGCCUCUGGAAAAAUGGCAGUCAUAACAGGUGGAAUACACGGAAUAGGGUUCGAGACCACAAGGCAGCUACUGGCCCUCGGAGUAAAUGUCGUCAUCGGUUCGCCAACCCCAGAUCAGCACAAAUUCGCGGAGCUUUCGACGGAGUUCUCCAGCUCGAAAGUAACUUGGUUUCACCUGGACCUAAGGUCAAUGACGUCUGUUCGGGACUUUUCUCAACGAAUACUUGACUGCGGAGCUGAUAUUGACGUACUCAUCUGCAACGCGGGUGUCAUGUUUGUGCCCCAGCAGGACACAGAAGAUGGCUUUGAGAUGCACAUGAGCGUAAAUUACCUGGGACACUGUCUGCUCACCUGCCUCCUGAUGCCGAGGCUCCGUUCCCGCAUUGUCAACGUCACUUCGUGCGCACACAAGGCGACCAGCAUCAACUUUGCAGAUCUUCACGGCAGGCAGGCUUAUUCUCGCUUCCAUGGUUACUGCCAGUCGAAGCGUGCGCAAGUACUGUGGACUGCAGCACUUGGUAGGCGACUGCGUGACAAGAUGACAGUCUUAUGCGUCCACCCUGGUGUUGUGGACAGCUCACUGUACCGGCACGUCUGGUGGGCACCCCUGGCCUCGGGACUUCUCUUCAAGAGGCUGGUGUUAGAACCAGGCAACCAAGUGUUCAGCAGUUGGGAGCAAGUCCCCAUCCCAAUCUACGUUUCCUAUUACCUCUUCAAUGUGACAAAUCCAGAGGGAAUUCUUCAGGGCACAGAGAAACCACGUCUCGAAGAGAUUGGACCUUUUACAUUCCGGGAAACACGAGAAAAAGUGAACGUGAGCUGGCACGAGAAUGGUACCUUGUCCUACCGCCAGUUGAAGAGGUACUACUUUCAGCCAGACAGAACGCAUGGUUCCUUCGAUGAUGCCAUCGUCACUCUCAAUGUACCCAUGGUGUCAGCUGCGUACGCGACAAAGUACCAGGAGGAGACAUCCUUCUUCAAGUAUGCCAUAUCCUCGAUCAUCGAAGACACCGACAGCACUUUCUUUGUCAAGAGGCUGGUACGAGAACUUCUGUUCGAAGGCUACGAGGAUCCUCUUAUCGAGACCGCCAUAGAGAUGGACAUGGAUGUUCCAGCGGACAAAUUCGGCUGGAUGUAUGGCAAAAACGGCUCCGAUGACGGCCAGUACUCCAUUUUUUCGGGACUCAAAGGAAUGGAAGACUAUGGAUUCGUGGACAACUUUAAUGGCAUGAGCAAUAUGACAGCGUUUCAUGGACACUGUAACACCCUCAGCGGAACGACCGGCGAUAUGUGGCCACCAGAAUCCCUGGAAGACGCGGAAACCGUGGAACUGUUCCUCGCCGAAUUCUGCAGGUCGAUCCGACUGAGGUAUCUGACAGAGGUGUUGUCUCAUGGCGUCCGACUCCGACGCUAUUGGGCAGACAACCAGUUGUUCAACUACUCCCUACCCGAGAACCGCUGUUUCUGCGGCGACUCGUGCUUUCCUAGCGGUGUUCUGAACGUCUCUGCGUGCCAACACGGAGCGCCUUUGGUCAUAUCCUAUCCGCAUUUCCUGUACGCGGAUCCUUCCUACGAGGCUGCCAUGGAUGGACUUAGGCCCGACCCUCAGAAACAUAUCUUUCACAUGGACAUAGAACCCAAAUUGGGCAUUCCAGUACACGUAGCCGCGCGAUUUCAAGUCAACUUAUGGCUGGAAAGAAUAGAAGGGGUCACACAAUUUGAUAAUAUUACCGAUCCCAUGUUCUAUCCCAUGUUCUGGUUUGAGACCUUGGCCUCCGCCGACGAGGACACGACGGCCCAGCUUCGUCUUGUCACUGAAGAGCUGCCACAAUAUGUGACGGCGGCUUCUUUCGGAAGCAUCAUCCUCGGUGCCAUUAUCCUAUUGGGGACGCUCGUGUACGCGAUACGGUACACAAAACGACCGAAGCCGCGGUAGCCAGCCUCCCAAGGCAUCUAAGACGACAGCCAAAGUGGCAUACAUUCCCGUGCAAGUGCUCAAGUGACUUUGUGUGAAUGAUACUCAAUGCCUGGACGGACUGCUUCUCCUUUUAUCGUGCCAACUAUCUAGGUUGUUGUUUCCAUACGAGAUUCAUUAUUUUUAUAACGUAUUCUACAAUAAAGACUCACGUUACGCAUCA